AUUUACGUAGAUAUAGAGUCUAAGAAAAAAAAAAAAGAUAAACAUGACUCCGUGAACUGUACCUUGUGAUGUUUACAAAUGAGACGUACCAAAAGACUCGAUCGAUCUAAAUCUAGUCUAUAGAUCUAGGUCUACUAGAUCUAAAAUAUAGAUCUAUUCUAUAUCUGGUAGAUCUAGUUUACUUACGGCUCGACAUGUUCGAGCUCCACACCACAAGCGAUUUAUUAAUAUCCCUUUCACAGUUUAUUUAUAAUUAUCGUCAGAGCAUCGGGGUUCAUGACUUGGUUGUCACUCCAAGAAUUAUAAAUCAGGAAAAAGGUGGAACAGUUAUUUUUGUAUGGAAUGACACAAUUAAGCCCGACUUGUUUGUCACAGUAUUUGGAUUAUAUGAACCAGAAGCACAAAAGUAUUCUGUGAUUUACACUUAUAAAAAACAUGUCAAGGUUGUUUCCUGUUCUGUCAAUAUAGAGAAGACAUUACUAGCAUUUAGUAUUGCCAAAGCAGUUGACCCAUUGGUAGACAAGAAACAAAAAGUUGUGUUCCAAGCCUACUUGGCAGAGCUCCAGUCAGCUGAAAAAAAUGUCUUCUCUCUCAACAUGGAGAGGUCAACAUUUCUCAAAGUUCAGUUCCUUUAUCCAGAGCAGACCAAGUCAUCUCAUAGUAAAGAGUCAGAUAUGUUGGUCUUCUUGCACAAAGAAUCUAUUGGAUUGUAUAAGAUACCGACCGCUCGCAUAGGAGAAAGAGGAAUAAUGAUGAGUGGACAGCCCAAAACUGAACAAAUUGUUCGUAAAUUUGUGUGGUGCCAGUGGGAUGCUCAGUAUCAGCGUCUGCAUUACAUUCACAAUGUCAGGCAAGCAAAUAGUGACACCGUCAGUCAUAGCAUGUGUACACUACAGUUCAAAAACAAUGGCAAGGCGGAGAAUAUGAUAAGCAUACCAAUCAAUUUUCCAUUUCCAUACAUUCGAACUACUGAUAAGCCUCAUUAUGGCGAUAUUCCUUUUCAUACUGGCAUUCCAGAUUUGUCACUGAACAUUUCCGUCUUGACCCAAUCAAGUGGAACAUUCUGUCUUUGUUACCACAAACUAAUGUCUGAUCAGAAAAGUGAACAUGGGCCACAAAGCCCCAAUGAUUAUCAGAAUGUUGAGUACUAUAUCAGCAUGGUCCAUCAUGCUAAAACUCUUUAUGGAUGUGUGUCUAGUCUUCCUAAACAUGUUGUCAACCAGAAGAGAUUAGUCUUCUCGUGGGUUGGGAGUUACCUUCUUGUGAUGUUGCCUGGAUACUUUGUUCACUUGUUAAACGUUGGACCAAGUUUUGAGCCUUGUCACCAUAUUCUCCUUCAUGAUUAUACAUUUGAUUCAGAGUCAUUUCCUCACCCAAGACCUAUAUCAGUAAAAUUUAAUGUUGAAGAUGAGAUGACCUCAAGCCAAACAUCCAGCAUGUCACAUUUCUCAACCUCCUUGACCAGCAGUAUCAGUAGAGACAGACAUUCCUUCAAUUCACUUGCUCAUAAGUCCAUCCCAGUGUUUUCUGAAUAUUGCAGUAACAUAAAGACGCUAUUGCCUUGCCAAGGAUUUGUUCGUGAAUCAGGAUCCAUAGCCCAACACCUGUAUGACUAUCGUAGUGGCUGUAUGCUAAAGCUUGUCCUCAACACUGACCUGAUUCUGGACAGUUUCCAAAAUACAUAUUGGCAGACGCGACUAGCCAUCCUUCAUUAUAUGAUUCUUCAUAACAAAGACUUUUUUAUUGUUAAGAAGCUGUUUGAAAUACUUUGUGACAAUUUGACCAUAUCAGAAAUCAACAGCAUGUUCACAGAAUUUCUAGUUGCUUCAACAUAUGCAGAAAUGAAGAAACAGGUAGACAGAGAGGUUUUGAACCUUUUGGCCUUCACAGCAUCACAGACACUCCGAGGGCAAUAUGAGAAAAACUCAGCUGGUGAGCGCCUGGCUCACAUUUCAUACAUGCCUCUAGAGGUGGUGGACUAUAACAAGAAACUUAUAAAAGACAGUAAGAGUAGGUCUAAAGAGGACUACUGGGAGACACUGAUACGCAGACUCAAGCUUCGACACUCAGAACUGCCAACAAGAUUUGAUCACGUGACAGUGAUGAGAACCUACCGGCAAGCUGAAAUGGAAGAAGCUGGCGGAAAAUUGCUGUGGGAUGCUAUGCAUGUUGAGGAUUCAUUCUUUGAUGGAGUAUACACAUUGAAAAUCACAGAAAUAACUACUUCCAUGAGGAGAUCACUGCUUUCAGAGUCAACUGUCUUAGAUCUUUCAGCUAGCAGUGGCCGCCAAAGUCGAACAGACAUGGUGCUAGGUCCAGCUCCUUUGUUUCUUCAGAGAAAAAUAUCAUCCGAGUCAAACAUUUUUAAGAGGAGAUUGUCAAUGCUGACUGAAGAACUCCUACACAAUCACUUGCUCAAACAUCUACCCAAAGAAUCACAUUCAAAGGCCAGAAAUGUGGCAAAAGAAUAUUUGUACUGUCAAGCUAAAGUUGCUAGACAGUUAUGCCAUUUAAUUUGGAGCCUGCGAGGCAGUGAACUGUCCCAGCAGUUAGAUGAUUCCCUUCUGCCAAAUCUACAGUCACCAGGGACUAAUGAUGAGUAUGAACUGUUUCAACUGUUUGAAAGAUUUUAUUUGACUGUCAGUGACCUUGGAUAUCCAUUUCCUGCUGGUUUCUCAAGUUUUUUGACUGCUCUGGGAUUCAAAUGUCUGGAUAUACACUUGUUCUUUCAAUAUGUGGACAAUCAUAUUUUGAUACUGACUCCUGAUUUCAUUCUGCAGGUUCUCAAAGACUUGCCAGAUGAUGCUGAUGCUGAGAUUCCUUUAAUCAAAUAUCAGAUUAUAUCAAGGUUGCCACAGCCAUUUGCUGAUGAAUGCUUUGAAAGAUGGGAUCAUCCUAUGUCUAAGGAGCGCAGGGCUAGAAACCAAGUUUCCCAGAUUCUUUUAAGAGCUCCUAAUGUUCUUAAAGAGAAUCCAAGUCAGCAUAGAUUACCUCCCUCUGCCAUAACCUCAACAUUUCCUCCCUUGUCUACAUUCUUGAAACACCUGGAGUUGGCAGCAUCCAAUAUUCAAUCCAACAGGCCGAUUCCAUUUGAUCCUCAACUUGUUGAGUCUGUGGCUCUGCAUCACACACGGACAAAAACAAAUGUGGACCUGUCAUUGGUCAGUUUUUAGAAAGUUGUGUUUUAUAGAUUUUAAAGGAUGUUGAUUUUGUUUUUCAGUCACAUUAGUUUGUAUUAAUUUAUAGCAUUCAAAUAUUUUACAAAAAUAUUCUCAAAGAAACCAUUUAAUAUCUUGAUUACUUCAAAAAGAUUGAUUAUUGUAUUUUGAGCAGUUGUUUGUUGAGUCAUGAAUUUGGCACUAUUUAUUAUGCUUGUCAUAAUUUAUGUUUUAUCUUUUUUUUUAUAAAUUUAUUUAUUCAUUUUUUUUUUGAAACUGCAUUCAAAUAAUGUUGGCUGUGUGAUAUUAUUUUUUAUUUCACUAACUAAUGAGAUUAAUUGUACAUAAUUAUUUUGUCUGGUUGUUUUUUUACUUUAAACACAAGAUAUAUAAGAAUAAUUGUGGUGCUAUUACAAGAUCCAUUUUUCAACUUUCUUUUAACAUCCAGUACAGUUAAAAAAAGAAAAGUACUUCUUUCAGACCUUGUGAUCUAACAUCCAACGCUGGGUUAUAAAUAUAUUAACCCUAGUGUUGGCAGUCCUGUUUAAAAUGAGAAACGGUGACACCUUCAUAAGUUAGCCAAGUAGGGACACUAUUUUCUCUGUUUUUAUUUUCUGUUAUAUAAACAUGUUGGCUAAUAUCAUUGCUGCCCUGAACAGUUGCAAAGCCCUGGUAUUGUAGAAUUUUUGUUAAAGUUGGGAUUUAUUAAAAGAAUCAAAGAUGUCUGUUUUAAUCAUAUGUUCUUCUCAAACUUUUUUUUUAAUCCAAUAUUUUGCUUAACACAAUCAGAUUAUUGAAAUGUAUGUUAGAAUACUUUCUUCUUGUUUCAUUUUAAUUAUAACUUCUUUGUACACAAGGCCAUACACUUUUAUACUAUAGUGUUGUAAAUAAUUGAAUAGGAGCCAGUUGGUUGCUUAUCAUUACUGAAACACAAGGUUGUGAAUAAGGGAAAAUGUGCUUCCCAAACCUAUCUCCAUAUGUUUUGAGGCACAAAGCAAAAAGGAAACUUUUGUCCUAGCCAUACAACUCUAUUGCUCCAACUCCAGUACUGAUCAAACUUCUUCUUUGAUGUCUAACUGUAAACACAUUAAUGUUCUUCAUGUUGCCCUAGUGUGUGUUUUUUUAAAUACAGUUGCAUUGAGUUUUGUUUAGUAAAGGCUUACAAAUAUAUCUUCACCUGCUCAGCUCACACCACUCCUGAGUAUUAAAUUUUCAACUAAAAUUAGGGAAGGGACUAUAUAUUAUAUUUCUACCUAAUGUCUUUUUAAUUAUAAUUUUUUUUUCCUAGUGAGAUAUUUUUUAAAAAUUUUAAUUAGUCUUUUGUUUCAAUGGAAUUUUGGCACAUUUCUUUAGGCUAUACCAUGAUUGGCUUGGAAAAAAAAAAAAAAAAGAAGCCAGUUAUGUUGUUUGUUUUUCUGUUACUUUAUUUCAUUAUUCCAUUUCGGCUCAGAUUUUGAAGACUUAAUCUGUGGAGAGAAAAAUAAAGUUUGAUGUUGUUAUAAACUUUACAAUGUAAGCCAUGUGCUUUUUUCAAAGUAAUUUUGUCUGUUUAUUCAUAAUGUUAUCAAAUAGUAGAAGAGAACAGAACUUGUUAUAUUGUGAACCCAA